AGAGCAGAUAUAGCUGUUGCCCCACUGACUAUAACACUGGUCCGAGAAGAAGUCAUAGAUUUUUCCAAACCCUUUAUGAGCCUGGGCAUUUCUAUCAUGAUCAAGAAGCCCCAGAAAUCUAAACCGGGGGUCUUCUCCUUUCUGGAUCCUUUGGCCUAUGAAAUUUGGAUGUGUAUAGUCUUUGCUUACAUUGGCGUCAGCGUAGUUCUCUUUCUAGUCAGCCGAUUCAGUCCUUACGAGUGGCAUUUGGAAGACAACCAGGAAGAGCCGCGGGACCCUCAAAACCCUCCUGACCCUCCCAAUGAAUUUGGAAUAUUUAACAGCCUUUGGUUUUCCCUGGGUGCCUUUAUGCAGCAAGGAUGUGAUAUUUCUCCAAGGUCUCUCUCAGGGCGAAUCGUUGGAGGCGUUUGGUGGUUCUUCACCCUCAUCAUCAUCUCCUCCUACACUGCCAACCUUGCUGCAUUCCUCACCGUAGAAAGGAUGGUGUCCCCCAUUGAAAGUGCUGAAGACUUGGCUAAGCAGACCGAGAUAGCUUACGGGACUUUGGAUUCCGGCUCAACCAAAGAAUUUUUUAGAAGAUCCAAAAUUGCUGUCUAUGAGAAAAUGUGGUCGUACAUGAAGUCCGCAGAGCCCUCGGUGUUUGCCAAAACCACGGCCGACGGGGUGGCCCGCGUGAGGAAAUCAAAGGGAAAGUUUGCAUUCCUGCUCGAAUCCACCAUGAAUGAGUACAUUGAACAGCGAAAGCCCUGUGACACAAUGAAAGUUGGUGGGAACCUGGAUUCCAAAGGCUAUGGUGUAGCAACUCCUAAAGGCUCAGCAUUAAGAAAUGCUGUAAACCUGGCAGUAUUAAAACUGAAUGAGCAAGGCCUCUUGGACAAAUUGAAAAACAAAUGGUGGUACGACAAAGGAGAGUGCGGCAGCGGGGGCGGUGACUCCAAGGACAAGACAAGUGCGCUCAGCUUGAGCAAUGUGGCGGGGGUUUUUUAUAUCCUCGUUGGGGGCCUCGGCCUUGCCAUGACGGUGGCCUUGAUAGAGUUCUGUUACAAGUCUCGAGCCGAGUCCAAACGAAUGAAACUCACAAAGAACACACAAAACUUUAAGCCUGCUCCUGCACCCAAUACCCAGAAUUAUGCUACGUACAGAGAAGGCUACAACGUGUAUGGAACAGAAAGUGUAAAGAUCUAGUGGUCCAGCACUUAUCAUGGCUUGCAAAGGGAGGAACAACUGAGAUCCCCGGUUACUUCAGUGAUCCUGGUCACCUGAGCCAAUUUUAGUCUCUCCUGGGUGUCGGUUUUGACACAUUACUGAUGAUGGUGCAAUGAACUUUUCAUAGGAUUCUUUUUUUUUUCCUUCAGUGCCUUAACAGGAGAUUCUUAAGACUUUAGAAACAAUGCAAACCAUCAAAAAUAUUUUUGCUUUGCUUGAAAACAAACAAGAUGUGGCAAGAAACUAGUCCGUUCAGCAGACCAAUAUUCAUAACAGGCAGAGACAGAAAAGAAAAGACAUGAAAAAUAUUCUUGUAAAAAAAGAAGAUGAAGAUGAAGAAAAGAAAAAAAUAUAUCAGCAAGUUCAACAGAAGCCAUGCUUUGAUAGCACUGCACAGAAAAUAUGGACGACUUUUUGGGGGAAAGAAAGGGUUUUCAAGUCCCUUCUUUCUCUGCUUAUUAAAAUAUUAAGCUGUUCCUAA